AUGGAGACAUUUACAGUGAAGAGAAGAGGCAAGAAGAAGGCAGCGGUCGAUAAAGAAGUGGUAGAGGGAGGCUCAGGAGCGAAAAACAGAACGAGGUUGGCAGUGAAGAAACUGGAGGAUUUCUGGGAGAGGGAAACUGUCAGUGGGAAAGGACAGAAGGAGGUAGUCCUGAGAGAAGAGGCGGAAGAGACGGGUGACAGUGGGAAAGGACGGAAGGACUCAGACUUGAGAGAAGAGGUGGAGGAGAUGGGCAAGAAUGUGAGGAAGGGAGAGGAACGAAAGGAAGGAAGUCAGGGCAGCAACGUGAACAUGAAGAAAGAGACAUGCAAGGCUACAAAAGACCUUCAGAGGAAACCCGACGGAAAGGAGAAAGACAAAAACAGCGAGGAAAUAGGGGUAACAGAAACACCCACGACGCGGAGGAGUCAAAAAGAGGGAGAAGGCAGUGAGGAAGAGGGGGAGGAGGAUAGGGCAGGGGAAAAGGCAAGCGGAAAUGAUGACAAGAACGAGGAGGUGGUAGAGGAAGAGGAUAAUAGGGACAGGUCGCCAAGUUGUGUGCAGAGAGCAUCAGGGAAUAAAGCAGAGGGAGGACAACAACGACUGGAGCCAGGGAGGAGCUCAACACAGGAAUCACUAGACCUAGAGAGGGUGGGAGAGGAGAACAGAAGGGGGGAGGCUGGAGAUAACAAUGACAGCGAAGGGGAAUCGACGCUGGAGGAGGAGGAUGAGUUAGGGUUUAUCAACUGCGAAAGACUCGAGAAAUGGAUGGCGGAUUGGGAAAAGAGGCAGAAAGAGGAAUGGGAAGCCAGAAUAGAGGAUAUGGAGUACCUAAUCAGGACAGAGGUAAGGAAAGGGAUGGAAAAUGGCAAGUGCGGGGAAUGUGAAAGAAGAAGGGAGGAAGAAGAGAGGACAAAGCACUGGGAAGACGAUCAACUCAGAGAAGUACAAGAAAGAUUGAGAGAGGUGGAGGAGGAAGCGGAAGUACUGGCUAAAAGAGUAAAGGAAUAG